AUGGAGAGCCGUACUAAACCCCCAGUACAGUACAGUAUUGUGGGUCGAAUACUGUACUAUGUCCAGUACACUACCGGCCGAAAACCCGUACUAAACCCCCAGUACAGUACAUAUGGAGACCUGUACAAAGCGCAAUAGUACAUUUAGUACAGUAUUGAAAGCUGUACUAAACGUACUAUUGCGCGUAGUACAUUACCGAGAGCCGUACUAAACCCCCAGUACACUA